UGCAACGUCAUGCGACGCGGACCCAGUCUAAGUCAGUACCCAGUCGCCAGCUCCGCGAGAAGAUGCUGUUUACUGUAAUUUCCUUUGCCCUGGUAACAUCAACCCUUGGGUUUACACCUCCUGCCAGUCGCUGCGCAUGCGCAUCAGUGGACACUGCGAUCGAGAGGAACUUCACGGAAACUGGCGAUAACAGUUACGGGACAUUGAGUUCCCCGAGGUGCCUUCCGUACCGCGGUGUUCAGCAGGCUCUCAAUGACGGCCGGAUAUAUGCCCACGUGUCCUAUCAAGGGAUGAGUGCCUGGCUAUUGACAUUUGAUAUCUACAUAAAGAAGUGUAACGAGCCUUUUGAGUGCGUAUGCGCGAAUGCCAAAAUCGACAUAAGAACUACAUACGGAAGCCGAGGUGCGCCAGUAAAGACCUUGACCUCUGGUCAAUGUGUGACCUUGCAGGGGAAGUCGUUCAACUCCAGCGGCAGGAUCUGGGUACAGGUCAAGGUCAACAACAAGACGGGAUGGCUGAAGACGGGUAACCUAUCCUUCCAUAAGAACUGCAGAGGACACAUGACGGAUGGUAUCUCAAAUACACGCAUGACUGGGUGUCCUAAAACUGUGCCACGUGCAGCCUGGAACGGCGGAGCGCCACAUCCACCAAGUGCCGGUCCGAACAAACCUCCCCACGACCCCUCCAGUCAGCACGGACCAAAGGCGGGCGACUGUGAUAAAUGCAUGGGUAGAAGACAUCGUUACCAGGACGACCACAAGGGUGGAGACGAAUCAAUGGACAGUUCUUGCCUGAAAGCUGACGUCACUGAGUCACACGGAGAGAGUCGUGUCCCAUUGGUCGCUCUUCAGGAAGGUGCAAUGCAUGAUGGUAGUGACGGAAUACUUACACCAGCCCAGCGUGGGAGUCAGAUUGAUUUGGUCCAAGAUAAUUUUCUACAUUUAACAGAGGAGGGCAGGUCAGGCGUGUUCGUGCCCAGGUCCCCCACCAUCUUGGCACGUGCUGUGUGGGGGGCACGGCCGGCUGGCCCUGGAGUAGACAGACUGAAGGAGACUCCCCAGUACGUCAUCAUUCACCAUGGAGCCUCGGCAGGAUGCAGCUACAGCCAGGACUGCGUGAGACUGAUGCAGUGCUACCAGAACUUCCAUGUGGACGGACGUGGCUGGUCCGACAUCGGCUACAACUUCGCUAUCGGCGAUGACGGCAACGUGUACGAGGGGCGAGGCUGGGGCGCCGUGGGGGCACACACGUAUGGCUAUAACAGAAUAUCUGUUGGAAUCGCUUUCAUUGGCAAGUUCAAUGACCGGGAGCCAAGCCAAGCCGCCCUUGACGCACUCAUGACACUGCUUACUUACGGCGUCCGCUACGGCGAACUGUCGCCGUCGUACACGUUGCUAGGACGUCGUGACGUAGGUUAUCCGACAGAAUCCCCCGGAGACAGACUGUAUAAGAUCAUCCGUGGCUGGAAGCACUACAACAACACCGUCAUCUACGUCUGAAUGACGCCGGGUUGCCGUUGGUCUGGUCGUCUAAGGCGCGUUUCUCUUCUAUGUGUGAGAUACCUUUGAUUGCCCUUUCGAACACCCGAAUCGACCUGAUAAUGUUUGUACGACUGUCUGGUCCAGAAUUGAAUAUUAUCAGGCCGCCGUCAUAUAGUCUCCGGUUGGUUUCUGUAAUUUUAGAUGUUUACUGUAGUAAUGUGUGUUGUCUGCUUUAGUACAUAACUUUAUCUGCAUAAGUUUGUGCAGAAAGUGAGACUUUUAUAAAACAUUAUCUCUCUCAUAUAAAUUAAAUAUUACCGAGUGCAGCGUUCAGCUACCAACACACAAACAAAUGCAAAACAUGAACUAAACUGAUACAAUUUGACAUCUUUACGACAUGCUUUUUCUGUUUGAGAUUUUUUGCAAUAUAUAUCAUGUUCUCUUGUUUUUUUCUAUAUGGAACAUUGUUUGGAACCACACGUCUUCAGAGAUGUAACAGGAACAUAUUAAUGUUUUAUCAAUGUAAGAUUGUUUUGAAAGAACAUAUCAUUAACAUUUCUUGUAGGAUCUUUUUCCUAUGCUUUUGGCAUGCUUUUCAUGACGUCGCACAGAACAAAGAUCAAUUCUCUUGCAGUGCAUACCUGCUUCAUAUCAACGAAUGGUAUUUUUCAGUUUUGCAUUUCACUUACAACGACGAAGUUUUAAUAUGUCUAAUUUGAUUAAUUUCUUGUGUGGUUUUCUCCGUGAACACAUCUUUGCCAUCACACCAUUGCAGCAUGACUCGGUGCAUGACUGGUCUAUUCCCAUGAUCGCAGUGGACCAUUUAUACCUAACACAGCGGUCACUGGCGACUUCAUCCGGCUGACAGCUUACAACACAUACCCAGUGUGACCCUCCACAAAAAAAGGUUUCAUCCUUAUCUGUUGAUUAUCAAUGCGAUGUCGAUAAUGCAAACUAAAUAAGAUAAAAAAAAUUUUUUUUUUAAAUUCUUAAAAUUUCGACACAAACUUCGGCGAAUUCGACUGAAGCACAAAAAACGCAUCAAUGACUUUCGGGCAAGAAAGUAGUCCGUCAUAAUCUGACCUCAGAUCAUCGCCAUGGCGCAGCCAAUCACGGGCCUGGAAUUGUGUCUCUGACCACAGUUAUCAGUUGGUAACAGUUAUCGCAAAUGAGUUCCUCACCUGCAGGUGUGUGAACGUGUAUAAGAACCCUUAUGUUUUACCGCCGUGAUAUUGCUGGAAUAAAGCCAAAAGCGGCGUAAAAUUACAUGCAAUCACGUACCCAGUUCACUGUAGAAGGUCUUUUUCAAAUCUGUUUUUUACAUUUAGAUUACGUGUGUAUGGUAUAAAUACAACAAAUAUUGUGUAAUUACCACGUUCUCUACUGUACUCGUUUGUUGUCAUGUGUGAUGAAGAAGGUUGUUUUGUUUUGAACCCGAAUUGUUGGUAAGUGCGGAUAGUGUUCUCUUGUUAACCAAAUGCAUCCGAGUUUUUAAUCAAAAAUCGCUACAAGGUGGUAUUAUUAAAUUAGGGGUGUGUUCGUUAUAAUUCCUUGGCCGUUGGGGUAGCUUUGGGGGUUCGAUUCAUGGUUACACGUGUGAAGCCCAUUUCUGGUGCCCCCGGCCGUGUUAUUGCUGGAAUAUUUCACAAAUCGGCGUAAAACCAUACUCACUUUGAUCACUAAAUCACUCAUUGCAAUUCCUGCAAUCCUCUUGCAUUCAUUUCCCAGGCGGGGACAGGGGUGGCACAGUCGUCUAAGGCCCCACGAUUCACUGUGCAGAGUUGCGUCCCUUGGGCACGCCAGAAACCUAUGAUUGUGGAUUCGAAUCCCGGUUCACCCCAAUUAUGUUUCUAGGUUUGUCAGCACCACACCCGUGCUCGUCGGUUUUACCGAAACGGUAAACGUCUGAGACCUGCAUCUCUUCGGGCCUUCCCCCCACAUUAAGUUGACACGCCGUGAUAUAACUGGAAUACUGUUAAAAGCGGCGUUAAACCCAACUCACUCGCUCAUUCAUUUCCAAGGCCCACCGGGACGGACUACUUUUCCAAUGACGGAAUGUUUGGGAUCCAAAUGCAAGGGAACUUGACUCCUCCUUUCUUCCUUCAUCCUAUUUUUUUUAUUUGAUUUAAUAAAGAAAUAUAUGACGA